AUGGUCGCCAGUACAGAACGAAAGGCUGACAGCCUCUACCUAUACACCCCCAGCCAUAUCUUGCCCGCUGUGUUUGCAGCUCUAGUGGGCAUAUCGUUUCUACUACAUGUUUACCAGAAUAAUUGCUAUCGAUUCUGGCGUGUCACAUUUUUCCUCUGCUGGGGUGGUGCAGUAUUCACAGCUGGCUGGGUCAUGCGCUGUAUAUCCAGUUACCACCCCGAGAACUUGAAUAUCUACAUCGCAUCGAGCAUCUUCAUCUACGCUGGUCCUCCAAUCUACUCUGCAGCCGCAUAUAACAUCGUGGGACGACUGAUGAACUACCUCCCCAUGCACGCCCUUCUAAACCCAAACCGAGUUUUGAUCUUCUUCGUCUACCUCGGUGCAGCCGUAGAAGCAAUGACAGCUGCAGGCGCAGCCAAGAACCUCACAGCCAAGGGCGACAAAGAAGAAUUCAAAACCGGCGGAGCACUCAUUGCCGCUGGCCUCGUCCUUCAAGCUGCGGUUGAAUGCUGCGUCAUUGGAGUCGUGGCAACAGUUCACGCCCGCUGUUCGAAAUCCCGCAUGCUCUCACCCAACGUUCGCAUUCUAUGCAUAACACUCUAUGGCACUUCGACUCUCGUUCUACUGCGUUGCAUCUUCCGCGCCGUCGAAGCAUUCGAAAUGUUCGACAAGAUCGGCUGCAGGGAGAACUGCGGUCCGAUUCUUAGCCAUGAAUGGUAUCUCUAUGCUUUUGAGCUGGGUCCCAUGCUUGUAUUUACUUGGUGGAUGAAUGCGCUGCAUCCUGGUCGCAACUUGCCUCGUCAGAAGAACCGUUACCUUAGUCCUGAUGGUCGCAUUGAACGGAUCGGACCGGGGUGGAUUGAUCGACGGUCUACUUGGGAGACUUUUGCGGAUCCCCUUGACCUUGGGGGUAUGAUCAAGGGUACGCCGUCUCAUGACGAGUAUUGGUUGAGGGAGGACCACUGGCCUGUUUGUAAGGAUGGGAGCUUUGCUAUUGGGACUGCUACCAACAAGAGAGUUGGUCUUGUUCAUUCAAAGGAGCUUGCUCCUCUGAGUCCUACUGUUUAG